GAGGAGAGGACAACUGCCGCACGGAGACACAGACGCGGACAGGCCCGCAGUCCGCGAGCGAUUGGGCGGCGACCACCUCAUCACCUCUUAACCGCCGCCGCCGCCGCGGCAGUCUCCGUCUGUCGCAGGGGAGCGCUCCCUGUCUCGGGCUCCGCGGCAAUGCUGCUAUUUACCAUCAUUAUUAGUUGAAGAGGAGCAUACGAACUAUGGACGCAUCUCGUCAGGUAGAUGAUGGGCCUGCUGUAUUACAGUUAUGCAGAUGGACGUUGUCACAAACCCAUCUUAGACUAUCAAAAUUUCGAGAGGUUUUUAUAUCUCCAACAAGGCGUCUGUUUGGGUUGCUCUCAGACUAUGGAGAUCUUGUCCUGGCAACUGUGGAGGUCAAUCCAUCACAAGUUGAAUUACCUAAAGCUCUCUCAGAUACCUGUACUCAGGCAGUCUUUGAAACAUUUUCUUCUAUUCCGAGAGUAAAGUCUUUAGCAUGGGGAUACUGUUCUGAUGCUUCUAGUCAGCUUGAGGACUCAAGUUUUAACGAAGUUCUUGUCGUAUCUAGUGAUGCUUCUAUCACAGUUCAUGCAUUCUGCCGUUCUCGCAAAAGCACACUAACAGUUAAUUCCACAUCUGAUCCUAAAGAGUUGCAUGGGGAAUGGAAAGAGUGGCGCCCUACUGAGUGUUCAGUGCUGGAGGAUGGUGAGUCAGGUCCAAAAAACUGGUUUUGUUCUUUCCUGACUACAAUCACUGCAUCUGUUUCUAAUGGAAAAUACCAAGCCAGAUUUCCCAUGAAAGCUUUAUUACCUCAUUCAGCAGAAGUGGUAUCCUUUAACUUAUAUGAUACUACUCUGUCUUUCUUGAAGUUUUGGUUUAGCAAAUGUUCUCCGAAGACUAUGAUGGAAACUGACAGUGAAUCGUCACAAAGUUUCUUUAGUUCUUUACCUGUAGAUGAAUCAUCAUGCAGCUGUCAGUGGGAGUGUCUAAAAGUUUUGUCUAGCUCUUCAGGUCAUUUGAUCGGCUUAGUCUUGACUCCUAAUGAAUCAGUAACUUGUGAGGCUCAUACAUGCAACACUGAGUGUGUUUUGGUUGCUGUUCUUGAGCUACACCAGUGGGGUAUACAGUGGAACUUUGUGGCAAACCUUCAGGAUGCACGUGCUGGUAUUAAGCCCAGUCCAAAAUGGGUUGAUUUUCAGUUGUCAGAUAUGUUUCUUGCCUGCCUUAAUGCCACAGGUUUUGUUGCCAUUUGGGAUGUGAAAACUGGUGGCCUUGCCACGUCAUUCAGUGCUCUUCAACGGUGCAGAACAGGCCUGGUGAUGCCCCUGAGGAGCUCUAUGCCCGAUGUGACAAAUUUGGAUGGGGGGAACAUCUCUGUUGAGAACUUUGCUGGUAGAAUGUUUAAACGGUUAGUUUUGGCAUCAUAUUCUCAUCUUCUUGCUGUCGUAGAUGAGGUUGGAGUAGUGUAUGUGUUCUAUGCAGAUGACACCUUAAACUUCAAAGCUAAUGUGCAUGAAAACUUUGAUCUGAGUGUUAUGAAUAAUUUUGGUGAUUGUUUGUCUGCCUGGGAAGCCGCUGGGCAUGAGAUAGGGAGUCUAUCAUUUAGCACUCAUCAGUCCAUACGACAAGGGUCACUUAAUCCAGCCAAAUGGGUUCCUGAGGUCACAGGGAAAAAUGAUGUUGGUAUUGUCAGGCCUAGAAAAAGAAGAAAGUGCAGAUGCGAUGAAAAUGAAGUGGACAGCUGGCCAAGUGGUUUUAUCGCUACAGGGAAGAUGAAAGUUGGGGCAGUUUAUCCUGACACUGUGAAUUCCUCAAGUUCCUUAAGGAGGGUACUUCUUCCUCCAUGCAGAUCAAAAGAUGAUGUAAUUAGCCUGUCUCCGCUUGGACUAAUGAGGGCUUUCAAAAGUUCAAAUGCAGAUGGAAGCGAGCAUGUCAAAAUUUUUCAUACCGAGUUGCUUAUGUAUUCAUCUUUUCUUGGCGAAAGAGAUAUUGAUGCUGGAUUUAUGGACAAAAGGCUUCCAUUUAAGAAAGAUUCUGCUUUUGUUGGAGAUUCUGUUGUUUGCUCCUUCCAGGGAUAUCUGUAUCUAAUCACUCAGUAUGGCCUUUCUGUGGUCCUUCCGCCAGUUUCUAUUUCAUCUUUUUCAUCUCAUGGUGAUGCUAUCAAAUUUUGGCAAUCGGGUUUUGCUGUCAGUAGUACAUGCAAUGCUCUAAACCUAUUAUCAGUUGACAGAUCUGAAACAAGGUGGAAAACCUGGCAAAUAGAAGUUUUGGAUAGAGCAUUGUUGUAUGAAGGGCCUUCACUAGCAGACAGGCUCUGCUGGGAGAAUGGUUGGGACUUGAAAGUCUCUAGGUUACGUUGGCUGCAAUUGGCCCUGCAUUACUUGAUGAUUAGUGAUCUAGAGCAGUCACUGAAUAUGCUCGCUGAGGUCAAUCUUGCAGAAGAAGGUGUCUUACAACUGCUAUUGGCAUCUAUUCAUCGGUUAUCUAGUAGGACUGGAAACGAUAAUGAAGUCACAUUGUCAUCCAAGUUAAUGGUUUUAGCUGUCCGCUUUGCAACAAGAAUGAUUAAAUGUUAUGGGCUACAGAAGCAAAACUCAGGUAAAUCCUUUUACUGUACUAAUUUCUUUGUUACAUGUGAGAUUUAUUCUCUUUAUGGCUCAGACAUGCCAGAUAAUUCAGUAAAGCUUCAUGAAAUGGCUUCCCUUUUGAUGGUAAUAAGGAGUAUCCAGAGCCGAGUCUCUGCAAAGAAUCAGAAUUCCGUUCGGAUGGGAGAUGAUAAGAACUCGCUGAAAAUAGGCACAGAAGUAUUGCAAAAUGAUUCUUCGCUUCCAGUUGUUGUAGUGGAUGGUGUUCCAUCAGGGCCUGGUGGUUUAGAUGUUCAUGACAGGCAAGAAUCAGCUCAUGUGUUGGCUCCUGAUAGCAACAGCCUGUUAGCUCUAACACCAGUUGAAUCAUCUCUUAGUGCUUCGAAUUUCCUUGAUAUUGAUACCAAUAAAGGGACUGCUCAAGUUGGGAGACAAAUUAUUCAAGGAAACAUUAAGGAAAUGAUUAACAGAUGGGAAAUGAAUAACUUCGACUUGAAAACUGUUGUCAAAGAAGCACUGCAGUCCGGUCGCCUACCUUUGGCAGUUCUUCAACUGCAGCUUUUGCGCCAGAGGGAAUUAGUUUCCAAUGAGGAUCCAGAAGAUGCUUUCUCUGAAGUUCAUGAAAUAGGAAGAUCCAUCGUUUAUGAUCUGUUGAUGAAGGGUGAAACUGGAUUGGCUGUAGCAACGUUAGAAAGGUUAGGAGAUGAUGUAGAGUCAGACCUAAGACAACUUAUGCAAGGUACCGUCAGGAGGUCACUAAGGCUCCAAAUUGCUGAUGAGAUGAAGAAGCGUGGGUACAUAAGAUCUGAUGAGUGGAAGAUGCUAGAGACUAUAACUCUGAUUGAGCGGUUCUACCCAAGCAGCAGCUUCUGGGACACAUAUUUUGGCAGGGAGAAUGUCAUCCGUGAUGCUGCAAAUAUUGUUACACUGCCAGGAGAAGAUAAACCUGUAUUGGCUCUCCACAUUCGUGACCACCCCCUUGUUGAAUGCGGUGAUGUUGAUGGAGCAGUGCUUGGUUCUUGGGUGAACAUUAAUGAUUACACUGAUUCUAAGGAGUUCCCUGCGAGCAACAUUUCUGAUGGCUACUGGGCCUGUGCUGCUGUAUGGUCGGAUGCUUGGGAUCAGAUAACUGUGGACCGUAUAUUGCUGGACCAGCCUAAUCAUAUAUAUGCUCAUAUCCCUUGGGAAUCUCAGUUUGAAUAUUUUAUUGGUCAUAAUGAUGCGGGGAAAGUAUGUGAACUUCUGGACAUGAUUCCCAACAGCGUACUUUUAGAAGGGAUUAUUAGAGUAAAUGUGGACAGUUUACAAGCCGCUGACAACACUGUUUCUGAUCUAACAGUCCCAGAUUACAACAUGUACAUAUGUGACUCAGAAGAGCUUGAACCUGUUUGUAUGGAGAUACCACAUGUUAAGAUAUUUAGAUCCUUGUACAAUCAUGAGUCAACAUUGUAUAUCAGAAUACUAAUGCAGCAGGAAUUGGCAAAGAAACACAUCUUUGUGAAAGAGUACUGGCAAAGUACUACUGAAAUUAUACCUUUGCUUGCUCAUGCUGGCAUGCUUCUAAAGGUUGGUCCAAAGACAGAAUGUUCUACGCCAUUUUGUGCUCCAGAGAUGCCAGAUGAUGCAAAUCACAGAGGUCGUGAAGGCGCAUUGCACAAGUUAGUCAUACGUUUCUGUGUGCAACAUAACUUGCCAUACCUGCUGGAGCUCUAUCUGGACAACUGUAAUUUGGCUCCUGAAAAGGAUUGUAUCCCUUUACUCAAAGACGCCACAGGUGAUUGCAAGUGGGCACAAUGGUUACUCUUCUCCAGGAUCAAAGGUCAUGAGUAUGAGGCAUCAUUCUCUAACGCCCGUUGGAAUUUGUCACAGAAAAUGGUUAAUAAUAGUAAUCUUACUGCUAUUGAGAUAGAUGAAAUGUUGUAUACAGUUGAUGAUAUGGCUGAACGAAUUGGUGAAAUGUCUGCACUGGCUACCUUAAUGUAUGCUUCAGCACCAAUUCAGAAAUCCAUAUGUACAGGAAGUGUGAACAGAAGUCGUGGUUUGUCAUCUCAGUGCACAUUAGAGAACCUGGGUCCUUGUCUCCAGCAAUUUCCAACGCUAUGGAAAACCCUUUUUUCUGCUUUUGUUGGGCAAGAUGCAUAUGGGUGUUUAAACUACUCACCUGCCAAUGUGUUUGGAAAAUCAUCAAUUUCUGAGUACUUGCGGUGGCGCUAUAGCAUUUUUUCCUCUGCUGGAGGAGACACUUCGUUGUUGCAAAUGCUUCCAUGUUGGGUCCCAAAGUCUAUUAGAAGAUUAAUUCAACUUUUUGAACAGGGCCCAUUUGGAAUGCAACUGCUAUCAAAUGCACCAUCAUCUGAAGAGUUAUUCACUCACAAUGUCACUGAUUAUAUAUAUAAUUCCACUGGAUUUACUGAAGCCAACGCACUGUCCUUGGAAGCGUCGAUCCAAAAAAGUGUCGAAGAAGAACUAUACUCUUCCCUUGAGGAGAAAGAUGUGAGAGUGGAGCAUCAUUUGCACCGUGGCCGAGCCCUAGCUGCUUUCAGGCAUCUUCUUGUUAAGAGAGCUUCGCAGUUGAAAUCAGCCAGUGCACGUCAAGUGAUAUCUGCACAGUCUAAUGUUCAAGCAGAUGUACAAUUGAUACUUGCUCCUUUAAGUCAAGCUGAACGAUCAAUUCUUCUAUCGGUGGCUCCACUAGCUAUUACAAACUUUGAGGACUCGACUCUAGUUGCUUCCUGUAUAUUCUUGUUGGAACUUUGUGGCCUGUGUGCCAACAUGCUUCGUUUAGAUAUUGCUGCACUUCGACGGAUCUCUUCCUACUACAAGUCAGUUCGGCAAAAUAAACAUUUUGAUCUAUCUUCAACAAGGACCCCAGAGCUCCAUGUGCAGUCCCAAGGAGCUGACAUAGCUCCUGCUCUAGCUCGAGCAUUAGCAGAAGAUUAUGUCCAGUCUGAUCAUCUGCAUGUAUUGGAGCAGACUCAAACCUCGAUGACUCCCAAGAGGGAACAAACACCACAGCCUCUUAUUGCUAUUCUGCAGCACCUUGAAAAAGCAAGUUUGCCAUCAUUAGAUGAAGGUAAAACUUGUGGAUUUUGGCUUUUGACUGGCGUUGGUGAUGCAUCUUUUUACCGAUCACAGCAGAAUGAAGCAAGUCAACAUUGGAAUUUGGUUACUGAAUUCUGUCAGGCACACCAUCUCCCACUAAGUACAAAAUACCUUGCUUUACUGGCCAAUGACAAUGAUUGGGUUGGUUUUCUAACGGAAGCUCAGAUAGCUGGAUUCCCAAUUGAAGUUGUUAUUGAAGUGGCAGCUAGAGAGAUAAGGGAUUCAAGAUUGAGGACUCACAUAUUGACUGUUCUAAAAAAUAUGAUGUCACUUAGAAGGAAAUCAUCUGGUAAUAUACCUUCAGGGAGUAGUGAUUCAUCUUUCUCUGCUGUUGAUGGCAAUAAUCCUAUGGAACUUUUCUGCAUUCUUGGAGUGUGUGAAAAACAAAAGAACCCUGGAGAGGCACUCCUGAAUAAAGCAAAACAAAUGCAGUGGUCUUUGCUAGCCAUGAUUGCUUCAUGCUUUCCAGAUGUAACUCCUCUCUCAUGCUUGAGUGUUUGGCUUGAGAUUACAGCUGCAAGGGAGAUGGCCUCGAUCAAGGUGGAUGAUAUUUCCUCGAAAAUCGCAAAGAAUGUUGGAUCUGCUGUUGAGGCCACAAAUAAAUUGCCAGGCACUAGUAGGAAUGUUGAAUUUCGUUACAACAGGAAGAAUCCAAAGCGAAGGCGGUUUCUGGAAGCCUCAUCGGAGAAGUUCACGAUAUGUUUCUCGCUGGAUAGCUCAUGUGGGCCAAAUUCUGCUGGAACUCCCUAUCCUGCAGAUGUUGAUGCUCAUCAGGAAAGAGGAAAGCCAAUCUCUGGAGAAACCAUAAUGUCAACUGAUUUUGAUGAAAGGCUUGCAUCUUUAUCAAGCAUGGUAGCAGUGCUUUGUGAACAACAACUGUUUCUACCAUUGCUUAGAGCUUUUGAAAUGUUUCUACCUUCCUGCUCCCUUCUUGCCUUCAUCCGUGCUCUCCAGGCAUUUUCUCAAAUGCGUCUGCCGGAGGCUUCUGCACAUUUGGCAUCAUUUUCAGUGAGAAUAAAAGAUGAAGCUUCUCAUGCUCAACAAAACUCUUCCAAAGAAGUGUCAGUUGUAGCUGGAUGGGUGGCUGCUACAGCUGUAAAAGCUGCUGAUGCUGUACUCUCAACUUGUCCAUCAAUUUAUGAGAAGAGAUGUUUACUGCAGCUUCUUUCUGCUGUGGAUUUUGCUGAUGGUGGCACUUCAUCAUCUUACUUUAGCAAAAGAUAUUGGAAGAUUAACCUGUCCGAACCUUCGUUGUAUAAAGACACUGAUAUCUACAACUGGAAUGAUUUGAUGGAUGACGCUUCUCUUUUAACAUCAUUAGAAAAGGACGGUCAAUGGGAGCAAGCUCGCACUUGGGCAAGACAACUGGAGUCGAGUGACAUAGCUUGGGAGUCUACUCUUGACCAUGUCACGGAAUCACAGGCAGAAGCCAUGGUUGCUGAAUGGAAGGAGUUUCUUUGGGAUAUCCCUCAAGAACGUGCAGCCUUAUGGGGCCAUUGCCAAUCUCUCUUCAUGAGAUAUUCUUUCCCUCCUUUAAAGGCUGGAUUAUUUUUCCUUAAGCAUGCUGAAGCAGUAGGUAAAGAGAUACCAGCACGAGAGCUUCAUGAAAUACUACUGCUAUCUCUACAAUGGCUAAGUGGAACUAUGACCAAGUCCUCUCCGGUCUAUCCUCUUCAUCUUCUACGGGAAGUUGAGACUAGGGUUUGGCUCCUUGCUGUUGAAUCAGAGAGCCAGUCCAAGGCUGAUGGUGAAUUUGCCACGUGUGCUGUUGCUCACAACAUAGCUGCUGGAAACUGUACCAGUAUUAUAGAACAGACUGCUGAUGUCAUCACAAAAAUAGACAGUAACAUGAGUUCGCCACACAUGAAAGCUACAGAAAGGAAUCCCAUAAGGGACAAUUUAUCGUGCCAACAUGUGCAACUCUUUGAGUCUAACAGUGAAGCAUCUUCAGCAACAACAAAUAGCACAAGAGCAAAGCGAAGGGUUAAAACAAAUUUACCACUUAGACGAGGGGUCAAUGAUGAUUUUGAAAGUAGAACUAAUGAUCUUGAUAACAAUUCUAGCAAUUUUCAUAGCUCGAAGAUUGGUGAACAAGCUAGAAAUUUACUUUCUGAAGAGGAAUUUGCAAAGAUGGAAGCAUCUUUGUCUGGUUGGGAACAAAAUGUUAGGCCUGUGGAUGUGGAGAAGGCCGUGCUCUCCUUGCUGGAAUUUGGGCAAAUAACUGCUGCUAAGCAACUCCAACAAAAGCUGUCUCCAUCAUAUAUUCCCGAAGAGCUUGUCCUUGUUGAUGUUGCUUUAAGAAUUGCCAAUAACAGCUGUAAUGGAGAGAUCAGUUUGUCAUGCUUUGACACAGAGGCUCUUUCAAUACUUAAGUCACUGGGAGUAGCAAGUAGCAGCGAUAUGAUUGACCCAUUACAGGUUAUGGAGAAACUAGCUGUGAAAUGUGGUGAGGGCCGUGGACGAGCUAUUAUUAGGAGAAUAAUAGCAGUCAUUCGAACUGCUAAAUUAUUGGGACUCCCAUUUUCCGAAACAUUUGAGAAACAGCCAAUUGAACUUCUACAGUUGCUUUCCCUGAAAGCUCAGGAUUCUUUUGACGAAGCUAAAUUUCUGGUGGAGACUCACAUCAUGCCUGCAUCUAGCAUUGCAAGAAUUCUCGCUGAUUCGUUUCUAAAGGGGCUUUUAGCUGCACAUCGUGGAGGUUAUCUGGAUUCCCAAAAGGAAGAAGGUCCUGCUCCUCUUCUGUGGAGAUCAAGUGACUUCUUAAAGUGGGCAAAACUAUGUCCAUCAGAACCAGAAAUUGGCCAUGCUUUAAUGCGUUUGGUAAUGACUGGACAUGAAGUACCGCAUGCUUGUGAGGUUGAACUCCUAAUAUUGUCUCACCACUUCUACAUGUCAUCUUCUUGCCUUGAUGGAGUGGAUGUUCUCGUCACUUUUGCAGCAAAUAGAGUGGACUCAUAUGUUUUAGAGGGGGAUUUUUCUUGUUUAGCUCGCUUGAUCACUGGAGUGAGCAAUUUCCAUUCCUUGAGCUUCAUUCUUUCCAUCCUUGUAGAGAAUGGCCAGUUGGAGUUGCUACUUCAAAAGUAUUCUGCCACUGACACAACUACUGGGACGCUUGCAUCGGUUCGAGGAUUUAGGAUGGCUGUUAUUACAUCACUGAAACAGUUUAAUCCGAAUGACGAUGACGCUCUCUCAAUGGUAUAUAGGCACUUUGACAUGAAGCAUGAGGCUGCUUCUCUCCUUGAGUUGCGCGCCGAGCAAUACAUGAACAGCUGGUUAUCGCGAUACGACAAGGAGCGGCGAAAUGAUGAACUCCUUGAGGCUAUGCGUCACCUUGUAGAGACAGCUGAGGUUCUUUCAACGAUUGAUGCUGGCCAAAGAACACAUCGUGCUUGUGCCCGUGCUUCUCUUCUGUCACUUCAGAUUCGGAUACCUGAUCUUCUGUGGAUUGGUCUUUCAGAAACAAAUGCCCGGCGGAUUUUUGUGGAACAAUCUAGAUUCCAGGAAGCCCUUAUUGUUGCUGAAGCGUACAACAUAAAUCAGCCUAUGGAAUGGGCUCCAGUCUUUUGGAAUCAAAUGCUGAAACCGGAUCUAAUUGAGCAAUUCGUGGCUGAGUUUGUAUCAGUGCUGCCCCUGCAGCCACCAAUGCUUCUGGAGCUUGCAAGGUUUUACAGGGCAGAGGUUGCAGCUAGGGGGGAGCAGUCACACUUCUCUGUAUGGCUUUCGCCUGGAGGCUUGCCUGCAGAGUGGGUGAAACAUCUUGGCAGAUCAUUCAGGAGCCUGCUGCGUAGAACGAGGGACAUGAGGCUGAGGCUGCAGUUAGCAAUCCUGGCGACAGGCUUUCUUGACGUCCUUGGUAUAUGCAAUAGAGUUUUGGACAAAGUCCCGGAGAAUGCUGGCCCGCUGAUCCUAAGGAAGGGCCAUGGGGGUGCAUACCUUCCUCUCAUGUAAAUCCCUUUUCUAUUGAUCCAUUUGGUUCAAAACUUUUUGGCAGUUAGGUGGGUCUGGAAAGGUGGGUGAAUCUUGCAGAUGUGAGCAUAUACUACGUAGGAUGGUGAAAAGAUUAUGUAUCAGCUUUUUUCCCCCCUGAGUUUUGGCAAUCAGGCUUCGCUGUAGUCUUUGACGUGGUUUCUCAUCGAUGAUGACAUGGAAGACCUUUCGGAUUGUAUAUACAGCAUUUCGAGCGGAAAAGUUGGAAACAGCCGACAGAAGUGGAGUUUUUGCAGCUUCAUCCGGCAGAUGUUUUCCCAUGGAUGGUGAUAAGGGCACCCAUGAGGCCAUGACGUAUCGAUGUUUGUACCGUACCCAAACAAUCAAAUUUUAUGGAGUUGGUUGGUUUGGCCCAAGGCACUUUCUUGUACAUUUGAUGUCAGAUGCACUCGGUAUUUUUCUUUCCUUUUUGUGGUUUUUUAUGUUCUGCCAGAUGCUUGUGGAUUGCGUCAGGUUUUACAAUCAGACGUCAAUGCAUUGCGUCAA